AUGGCCUUUGGAGCAUCGACUACCGCUGUGUUAGCUCUGUUUACUAAUCAAACCUUCGACAGAAAUUACUGGGUUUCAGUACUACUCGGUAUCUUUAUCGUCUUCCGAGUGUCCGUUGUUUACUAUCCACUGUUCGCUUGCCUGUCGUCCAAAUUUCGACUUUUAGGAGCGGUUCUAGGUUUCCUUCAUUCGGCGGACAUAGCGGCUAUCCAUCUCCUAGGUGUUAUUUACUGCCCUUCAUUUCAGUCUUUGGGACCUUAUUCCAACGUUGUAUUAAAUAUUCCAAUAUUUAUAUGCUUGGCGUGGUUGGAGUGUCAUUUUGGAUAUUUGAUCAUUCUUGCAAUCUAUAAUCACGUCAAAGGAAUUACGCAGAAAGAAAAACUCCGUCCUUUCGUUCAUUUACAAAACUAUCAAUUCAUUCACGUGAAGCUUCUUUUGAAAGCCGCUGAAGAAUCCGAUUUCGAAACGGAAGAAGAAAAAAAGCCUAAUUCCGUAAGGGCUUUCCUUACCAAGUACUUAUAUAAACCUAAGCCGCCCUUCGUCGCUAUUCAUUUCAUAUUGUGUCUGGGCAUCUUAUUCGUAAUAUACUGCAUCAUUUAUCCAUUAGAAGGAGUUGGUAGUACCUGGUUUUUAGACUUUGUCAUACCCAUCGCGACGUGCACUAUUUUAAUAAAUAUCUGGCAGUUUUUGGUUAGUAAGUACUUUUUUUGUCAAGAGCAUGGGAAUAUUAAUGCUUUAGACAACAGGCGAUUGUAUCACAAUUUUGACUACUUCAUCUUCUUCUAUAAUGUCAUGUGUGGUUUUUUCUCGUGCUUAUUUCGUAUUGGAUUUGAUGGUUACUUGGGAUUCUUGUAUGUAGAACACAUACAUUGUCAUCCAGUACUGGUAACCUUUUGUGAGAUUUUGCUUAAUAAGGAUUUUAUAAAAUCAAGUCAUGAUAUGAAAGUCGCUUAUUAUGGGGGAUCGGAUGACGAAAAAUGGGGUAAUCCUAGAGAAUCAGAAUUCAAAAUACGAAAUAUACAAGCUUACAACCGCUGGCGAGUGGCUGUCCUUCUCAUUCGGAACAAAACGUUACGUAAACUACGUAAAGGGUAUCUGGAAGAAUUGAGAGAAAUAGAAAAGCUAGAAGAAGAACAUCAUGAGGAUCAGGCUGCUAUAAGAAGAAGAAAAUUAUCAGUUAAUUCACUAUUAGAUAAUGUCCGUCGAAGUAAUUAUGACAUUGCCAAUAGUGUCCCAGCCGAAGCUAAUAUCUCGAAUGAUGUUAUUCAUAAUACUAUGGAAGGGUCUAACGAAUCAUUGGCUACCGCUAAAGAAAGCAGUCGGCAAAACAGCCAAAUAAUCUCAAAUGUUAAAACAGCAGUAGCACCACUUUCACCAACUGGUAGUAGUCAUGGACAAAGUAACGAUGAAAUAGAGACAGUGCGACAAAAUAUAGUCUUAGAGGUCGUAGAUAAAAAAGCUCAAUUUUCAUCCUUAAGUAAUAGCAUGGGUGAAUUAUCAGGUGGAGUCAAAACUAAUACCGAUUCCCCAAAAGAUGAAAACGCUGCACGAAGACGGCCUCCGUAUCCUGGUGUAAAAUCUCGACAUGCUUCAAAUAGUACUGGUAACAUUGCAAGAGAUCAUGAGGGCAAGGAGGCACGUGAAUAUUUGUUGUAA